GCUGGACGUCCCUGAUCCCCCUCCUAUUCCUAUAUCCAGAACCACCUCACCACAUCUCCAUUCAAUCGCAUCCUUCCACUACAAUGGCCGACCGUUUCCCCUCCUUAGAUGACUUCUCUGCAGGCCAGACGGAAGUCGUCGAGACCAACACCGCAGAGGACAACGAAGACUUUCUCGCUCGCGAACGGGCAGCCCUCGGUGAAGAUGCGGAGCAGUUCGCUACGUCCCAAGACCACGUUGCCGAUGUGAAGGACGACAAUGACAACCUACUGGGCGGAGCGGAGGACGCCAGCCCCGUGGCUGCGGAGGUCUCCGGGUUCGAGUCGUCGUUCCCGGCCAUCGACACACAGAACGAGCAAGUUGCCCCCGGCGGCACCAUCACCGGCACCGGUGCGCCGUUCCCGCCUUCCGGCUACGCCAGCUACCAGGAGCCCGAGGAGGAGCCCGAACCUGUGAAGGAAUGGCGCGCGAGACGCGACGCCGACAUCGCCCGCCGUGUCGAGCUCUCCGAGGAGAAGAAGGAAGCGACGGUCAAGAAGGCCCACGAGGACAUCGACGAUUUCUACGUCUCUUACAACAACAAGGCCGACAAGCUGCGCUCGCAGACCCGCACCGACGCCGAGCAGUUCCUCGCCAACCGGGAAGAUACCUCCGCCGGCGGCACCAGCUGGGAGCGCAUCGCCAAGCUGGUUGACAUCUCGGGCAAGGGCAGCCGCGGCGGCGCGAGCGGCUCGGGCAAGGAGCGAUUCCGCGAGAUGCUGAUGGAUUUGAAGAAGGAUCAAAAUGCGCCGGGAGUCAGUGGGGUUUAAUUUUGAGGUUGAUACCUUUCUCAUUUUUUCUUUAUUUUCGCUUCAUUAAUCUCUCUCGAUUGUCGCAUUUCUCAAGUCUUUUUUUCCACCCUUUACUAUUUCUAACAUUUCCCACUACAAUUUCUUUUGAUGGUUCCUGGUGCAUAAAUAGGUGAUGCUCAGAUAUGUAUUUCCAAUAGUCCGGUCCUUUGAGUUUCCUUCCAUUUUCACCGUCUUGUUCUUGCCUGCGCUGGUUUCUGGCGCCCUUGUCUCUUUUUACCCUCUCUGCCCCCUUAUUUAUUUAUUCCUUCCUCUUCUACCAUAACUUGUGUUGAUAGAUAAAAAAUACAUUUACGCUGGAUUGAAAC